GUAAUUUGCAGCAUAACAACGUGUUGUAGUUGUUGUAGUAGCAGUGGUCAUUGCAAUGCUCACACAGAAAAGAAUCGUGUCGAAGAAGACGAAGAUCAACAAAAAGCCAUUUGCUUUCUUCCCAAGCUUAUCUCUAUCCUGAAUCUGUCUGUCUCCAUCAAAGCUUUCAUUUCACCACCAAAAAGCUUAUAAAACCCCCUUCAAUCUCUGUUGCUCUGUCCAAUCGAUUUUUGUGUGUUGAGCAAAAAUGAAGAUAUUGAUGAUGAUGGUGAUGAUACAUUUGCUCUGUUUUCUUCAAUCUAGUUUCUUCACAUUCGCAAUCUUAGACCCCAUUGAUUUCCUAUCACUCCAAUCGAUUCGAAACUCCCUCGCCGACUCUCCUGGCUCCAAUUACUUCUCCUCCUGGGACUUCACCUCCGACCCCUGCAACUUCCCCGGCGUCUACUGCGACUCCGACAAGAUCAUCGCCUUGAAUCUCGGCGAUCCUAGCGCCGGUUCACCAGGCCUCACCGGCCGCCUCCACCCGGCCAUCGGAAACCUCUCUUCUCUCGCCGAGUUCACCGUCGUCCCCGGCCGAAUCAUCGGUACAUUGCCCAACUCAAUCUCCCAAUUGAAGAACCUCAGAUUCUUAGGAAUCAGCCGCAAUUUCAUCUCCGGCGACAUUCCGGCCAGUCUAGGUCAGAUUCAGGGAUUGCGUACUCUCGAUCUCAGUUUUAAUCAGUUUUCUGGAGCUAUUCCUUUCUCGAUCGGAACCCUGCCGGCGUUGUCUAACCUCAUUCUCAACAACAAUCGUCUCUCCGGUUCGGUUCCUCCUUUCUCUUCCCAAUCCCAAACCCUAACCCGGCUCGACCUCAAAUACAACAAUCUCUCCGGUUCAAUCUCAUCAACUUCACUUCCGUCUUCUCUCCAGUACCUUUCGUUGUCAUGGAACCGGUUGGAAGGCCCGGUGGACCGGAUCUUAACCGGGCUCAACAGCUUAAACUAUCUCGACCUGAGCAUGAACCGGUUCACGGGCAGCAUUCCGGCCAGUGUAUUUAGCUUCCCAAUCACGAACCUUCAGUUGCAGAGAAACUCGUUUUCCGGUCCGGUUCAACCGGUUGAUCAGGUGACAAUUCCGACCGUUGAUCUUAGCUACAACAGGUUGUCAGGUCAAAUCUCUCCAAUGCUGUCGACGGUACAGAACCUUUACCUCAAUAAUAACCGGUUCACGGGUCAGGUACCGGGCAGCUUGGUGGACCGGUUGAUGGAAGCUAGUAUACAGAUACUGUAUCUACAACAUAACUUUCUGACUGGGAUUGAGAUCAAUCCAACGGCUGAGAUUCCACUGAGUAGCUCAUUGUGUUUGCAGUAUAAUUGUAUGGUGCCACCUGUACAGACUCCUUGCCCUUUGAAGGCUGGGAUGCAGAAGACAAGGCCUACUGAUCAGUGCAUCGAGUGGAGGGGGUAAAUUGGAGAAUUCAAGCCCCUCUCAGGGGUGGUAGAAAGGGAAAGAUGAGAUAAUUCACUGGUUUAUACUGAUUUAUUAUAUAUUUUUGACACAAAAUAUUUUUGUGGGAGUUUAUGAAUUCAUUUAUUUAUUUGUGUGUUAAUAUGUGGGUAAAUCACAGAAUAAUUUUGUUUUUGUUUUUGUUUUUGUUUUUGUAAUGAGAGGGAAUAUAUAGUAUUGCCACUGACAAUACUCAAUCCUUGAUGUAUUGUUGUUGUGAAUUCUUAAUCUAUUGUUUUGUCUUGUGAAACUAAAUUAGUAUUUGUGUGUAUAAGGAAGCAUUUAGGGUGAGUCCUAUGUUCUAUUAAUGUUUUUUGAUAUGUUUUUCUCUUUUUGAGAAAACAAAAAAAAUUGAUAGUUGGUGGUGAAUGGUAUUGGGACUUUUGGCCAAA